AGAGAGAGAGAGAAAAAAAAUCAUUUAAAGAAAGAUAAAUGAUAUGGUAAACACACAUAUAACUUUUUUCUCUAACUACAAAUAAGAAUAGUAUUUGUGUUCAUCUACUUGUCAGCCUAAUAUGUAAUAGCUAUGCUAUAAUACAAACCAAUUUUCGGAAUAGCUCUUUUUUCUUUUUUUCUUCUCAUCUAAUCAGGUGAAUUGAAGCUAAUUUACUAAACAUGAAUCUACGAAUGAAAAUAGUGAUAUGAUUAAGUACUUAAAAUUAUGAACGGUAUAAAAGUACUAAAUGUUCAGAUAUAAUACUUCAUUGUGUUUAUAUUCAUAAAUUAAGUUAAAUGGGAGAACGAAAAGCUGUCAUUAAAAAUGCUGAUAUGCAUGAAGAUAUGCAAGAGACUGCUGUACAUACAGCUGCUGCUGCACUUGACAAAUAUGAAAUUGAAAAAGAUGUUGCUGCUUAUAUAAAAAAAGAAUUUGAUAGAAAAUAUAAUCCAAAUUGGCAUUGUAUUGUUGGAAAACAUUUUGGCAGUUAUGUAACACAUGAAACACAACAUUUCAUCUAUUUCUAUUUACAAGAACGAGCUUUCCUCCUUUUCAAAUCCGGUUAGAAGAUAUCAGUGAUAAAUCGAAACAAAGAAAACAACAUUUAGUUUAUUUCAAUUGUACACUAGUUAGCAUACAUUUAUGUUUAAAUGAUAGUCCAAAAUGGUAUAAUUUAAUCUCUUUUCUUUUAACAACAACGACAACAACAACAACAAAAAGAAAGUACAAUGGCAUUUUUGUACUGUUAUGUCAAAACAUUUUUUUUAAUUUGUUUAAAAAACAAUGAAUAAAUAAAUUUGUUACUAUAAUUUUUGAUCAAA